UUAUCGCUGCCUUUGGAGGACCUUCCAUCGAAUGUUUCGUUUGCUUCGGUACUCACCAGAUCACAUGUGGAUUUGCUGACCCAAUUGGCUGGUUGUUCUGGAACGCAGACGCGUGAUCCUUGUCGUGAUCAGUGUUAUCAUUCACGUUAUCGGACGUUUGAUGGACAAUGCAACAAUGAAAAGCAUCCAAUGUGGGGCUCCAGUCAUACACGCUUCAGACGUUUAUUGCGACCGAUCUACGAGAACGGCUUCAAUACACCGGUCGGAUGGGAUCCGAAUCGUUUGUAUUUCGGUUUCAAAAAGCCGAACCCACGUUUAGUGUCCCAGAAGGUUGUUGCUUACUAG